AUGGCCGACCCAUUGUUAGAGCUCCUCGUCCCCUACUUCGAGACCCAAGAUGCCGUAGCCGCCAGACCAAUCCCCUCCCCCUCCGAUCCCGUCACCACGAGCUACCUAAACCGCCUCACCACCCUCUCCUUAUCCGCCCUCACUAGCAGCGAGCCGCAAUCUCUCCUCCACUCAAACCAAUCCAUCCUCCGCUCCCUCCAAGCCCUCUCCAAACGCUCCUACAAAUCCAUAAUCGCCUCCUCAGAUCAGCUCUCAAGCCUCAACACCACCCUCCCCACCCUAGCAUCCCAAGUGGGCGAGCUCCAAGAUGCACUCCCCACCCUCGAAGACUCCGCCACGAACUUCGCGCAGAAAUACAGCAAGACGACCGACAACCCCAUCCUCGACCGGCGGCGAAAAGCCAUGCUCCUCGCGCGCAACGUCGACCGCGUCUCCGAUGUCCUCGACCUCCCGACGCUGCUCUCGUCCGCCAUUUCCUCGUCCACUGGCUCGGCGCAAGCAAGCACGACAGCGAGUCUGAGCUCUGCAAACGCGAGUUACGCGUCAGCGUUGGACCUGCAUGCGCAUAUCAAGCGUCUGCAGGCGCUGUAUCCCAACAUGGACCUGAUCAAGGAUAUCUCGGCGCAGGCAGAACAGGAGAUGAAAGCCAUGACAACGAACCUGAUCACAAGCCUUCAAGGCCAGGGCAUCAAGCUCGCGGGCGCCAUGCGCACGAUUGGCUGGCUCCGACGCGUCGCGCCCGAGCUAGACUCAGCAUAUACAUCCCAUAAAAGCGCCAACUUCGGAAGCAGCGAGGGCGCACUAGGUGCGCUGUUCCUGGUUUGCCGGCUCGCCAACCUCUUGAACAUGCUCGAAGCGCUGGAGCCGUUACGUGAGCUAGCGGACCAGGAGACCGUGAGAAGGGUGAGCGGCGACGGUAGGGAUACUGCCAAGGACUGGACGGGCGGCCAGCAGACGGAGCGGUAUCUGAAGCGGUAUAUCGAGAUCUUCCGCGAGCAGAGCUUCGCCGUCAUCUCGACGUUCCAGUCUAUCUUCCCCGCUGCGCUUCCGGCGCCGGGGGCAGGGACUGUGGGGGAUGAUUUGGGCGCGAAGCUGAAGUCACCUGCGCUGGACUCGCGGCGUGCGAAGGAUGGCGGAGAUGCCAACGAUACGCUGCAGCCCCUGCCGUCCGCGCUGGCGACUUUCCCGCUCCAUCUGGUUGAGCUGCUUUUCGAAACUCUGAAGCAUUAUUUGCCGAAUGUGAGGGAUAGAACUGCGAGGGACAGCUUGCUCACUCAGGUGUUGUACUGUGCGGGUAGCUUGGGGAGACUGGGAGGGGACUUUGGCAUGAUGCUUGCACUGCUUGACGAGGAGGAUGAAAGUGAAGAGGAAUCAGAAGAUGGGCCGGAGUGGGUGGACGCCUUCAAGAAGCAUCGUAUACAGGCCAGUCGACUCGAGCUGCUUGCCAGCGGUGUCGGCGCGGGCAGAAGUAGUAGCUUACCGCUUAGAGAAACAUCACCGGCUAGCUCUGCUGGCUGA